UACUGCAAUAUUUAAAAAAAAAACAGAUAUGGCCAAAAUCUUCCAAGAUCAUCAAAUAUAGUAAAUUCUAAAAGAGAAAUUUGUAGCUCAGGAUCAUAUAUCACUUGUAGCCAAGAAUCCUAUAGUAAAUUCUACUGUGUUCUCACAUGGUGUUGUGUAUGCAUGCCACCAAUAGGAGUUAAAUAACUUUUAGAUAAAAUCUGAAUCAACAUGCAUAACUAAUAAAUAUGUUGGAAAUUUUGCAUUUUGCCCAUUAGCCUCUUAUCACCAUGAAAAAAUGUUAUCGUGCAAUAUGACAUUCAUUUCAUAGCGAAUAAAUCCCACUGCUUUCAAAAAUGUACUCCUCAGUGAAGAAUUUGGUGACAAGAAUGAAGGCUGCAGUGGAGUAAACCUAGUCCUUAAACAUGUUUGUUUUUCCACAUAUAAUAGUUACAUUCUUAAUGUAAAUUAAAUUUUUGGUUAAUAUUAUUUAAAUAUAAACCACAUUGGGGAGAGAAAUGCCCAUGUCAUUUUUGAUGAAGUCUUGACUCCAACAUCGAAUCCUAAAUGAGGUUUAUUUAAGAAUACUCAAUAGGGCCUAUAGAACCUAUUGGUUUAAAAGCGGGCUACUCCAAAGCUCCCACGCUAAUCGCUUGAACGAUUUCAACCUGCUCGCCGCCGCUCUUUUUCGACCCCAGCCCCGCCCCGCUACCGUCACGUCUCUCCUCGCCAAUGCGAAUGUCCACAAGCGGAAACACAGGGUCCUCUUCUCCCCCAUGUCCUCAACUCGCCUCCUGAUUGGUCAAGGGUCCGAUGACGUAAUGCGGAUGACCAAGCAGGCGGGCCGUGCAGCGGCUUCCUCCGGGAGUCUUGUUUACGAGCUCUUUUCCCGCGCAGAAAGGGACGGCUAGGUUUGGCGUUAAUUGUCCCGCUAAGCCGCCGGAGCUGCGGGUGCCUGAGCUGCUCGUUGCGCCGAUCAGCGUGGUGGGGAAAGAGAUGCCGAAGCGCUCCUGCCCGUUCGCAGACUCGUCCCCGAUGCAGCUGAAGACGCGCGUGCGGCUGAAGGAGCUGAGCCAGGGCGUCAUGGGCGAGAGGUACCGGCGCGAGAUCUUCGAGAAAACCAAACAACUGCUCUUCAAAGGUGCUCAAACAUACAUGGACAAUGCUUGCAAUGCAAGUGCAGUGGGAACAUAUCUAAUUACACAGUAUCCAGAAUCAUGUAUAGACAAAUCAGAAAUUUGUUCUUGGCACAGAUGUAAUAAACAAAUGUUAAUUGGGCAGGAUGGAAAACUUCGACAACCCUGUUCAAGUGAAAUGGUUUUGCCUGUAGGAGUGUCAAAGGCCUGUUCCUCCUGUAUAAGAACAGUUGACAUCAAAGAUGUUUGCACGCAGUGUGAUCAAUACAUAUGCCAGAACUGCAGCAAACUCUGCAGCUGUUGCAGCACCAUUAUCUGUUCAUUUUGUUCAGUUAUAGAAUCAGAGGAUGUUGGAGAUCAAAUCUUUUGCAGUGGCUGCUCAAUGUACAAAGAAUAAACUGCUGUUUUUAGGAAAUGGUUAUCAUUAAGUGUUGUAAAGAAUGUAUUGCCUUUUAAAUAAUUAGGUUUUUGAGAUACUGGAGUGCCUUUUUCUAAAUAUUGUAUAUUCUCUAAUUGUAGUUUCAUAUAAUAAAUAUUUUAUAUUUUGAUAA